UAAUAUAAUUCAUAGAUAUGAUACUAUGUUUGCUGAAUCAAAUCAUGCGGAUCCGGUUGAAAAACAAUACGUAAAUUCAUCGUCAUCAGGCGAGUUGGGGACUUCAUAUUGUCAUAGCAUAGCAUCUACUUCUAAAGAAUCGACAUCUGCGCAAUCAGAAGCUGCUCAGACUUACAGUCUCUGUCCUAAGAAACAGAAAGAGCUUCUUCAGUCACCAGAAAUGUCGACCAAGAUGAAGGGCCUUCUAAAAGGCCUAAGAUACAUUUCUCAGAUAUUUGAUAAUAAUGGAAAAGAGCAGGAAAUGGAGAUUGGUUAUCCCACAGAUGUAAAGCAUGUAGCACACAUAGGAUGGGAUGGCCCAUCCAAAGAAUCACCCAGCUGGAUGAAUGAGUAUAAGCCGGAACCAGAAGUUUCAUCACCAGGUAACAGAGUUGAUAACGAAAGCAAUGCUAUAGGCGAUUCCGCUAAAGAUUUACCAAAGCCAUCAAGACGGCAACCGUUCCUUGGUUCCCCCUCAUCAGUCAACGCCCCGAAGCAAUCAAGGCGUCACCAGUCCACAACUGGAGUUUCAAUCAGUUCACCCUCACGAGAAGCUACUGAGAUAUUGUCCAGACCAUCAAGGCGAUCACAGAAUGCCAGCAGUAUAGGUUCACCCUUACAAGACCGGCCAGCUGACCAAAAAAAGUCCCGUCGUAAGAAGUCCAAGGAAUCAGGUGGUGGAUCAACUAGGCCUUCUAGAUCCAAACCUCAGUCUGCCACAAUAUAUACUUCUCCCUUCUCGGAUCCUGGAUCUGGAACCGACCACGUAUUGGACAGUGAAGUUUGUCCAAAAUCACCCUUAAAACCCAUAGGUGAUGGGGAAGGAGAGAGAGGAAAUCAUGGAAUUUCUUGAGAAAUUCAUGAUUUGUAAAGCAGAAAAGGUCUACUGUAAUUUUUCAUGGCAGCUUUUUUCAUCCCUUUUCUUUUUCUCCCUUAUCCUUUCAAUACUGAAUUACUGAUGUCUACUUACAUGCUAGCUUAGCUAAAAAUUAAAAAAUCGUUAUAUUCAUAUA